AUGUUGCAGUGUCUCUCCGAGGGGCUGCUGGUGCUGGGGGCUGCUCUGCUCUGGCAGCCCUGCCAAGGCACCUGGAGCUGCGGGGAGCUGACCUGCGGCGAGCGGGAGAGCUGCUGUGACUACGGCAAUGUCACCUACACGGAGAUCAAGUGCUGCAAGCUGCCCUUUCACACCUUCCUGGACAACGUGGGCUGGUUCGUGCGCAAGCUCUCGGGGCUGCUCAUCCUGCUGGUGCUCUUCGCCAUCGGCUACUUUCUGCAGCGCAUCAUCUGCCCCAGCCCCCGCCGCUACAACCGGCCGCAGCGCCAGGACUCCCCCGGCUCCCCGCUCAACGUGACGGCGGCCACCUCGCAGGACUCGCUGCUGGACAGCAGCAGCGGCAGCAGCAGCCGCUACCCGGCCGAGCCGGAGCCGCCGCUGCUGCCGGUGGGCUCCGCGGUCUUCCUGCAGCUGCCCAGCUACGAAGAGGUGAAGUAUUUGCCCACCUACGAGGAGUCCAUGCGGCUGCAGCAGCAGAGCCCCAAAGAGAUCGUCCUGCCCGUGUCCAGCCUGGCCACGGCCGCAAGCAGGGAGCCGGAGAGGGCGGGAGGCAGAGCGCCCUGCCGCUGA